AUGUCCAAACGCCUGCGUGUGGAGGGUGGCGGGUCUCCGCCGCUAACGCGCUUCCUUGCCGUCUUUCCGACAGAGUCUCCUGCCAGUUCCCGGGUCACUCGGAGCUCUGGCCGGCAGCCGUCCAUCCUGGCCAUGUUUUCCAAAGGAUCCAACAAACGGAAGUCAGACGAGGUGAAUGGGGAAGUGAAGCAAGAGAAGAGCGUGGAGAAGGAGGAAGAGGAGCUGGAAGAGGAACAAGAUGAGAAAAGGAUUAAAAUUGAAACCAAAGAAGGGUCUGAGAUAAAAGAUGAAAUUACUCAGGUUAAAACUACACCGCCUGCUAAAACCACCCCUCCCAAGUGCGUCGACUGCAGACAGUACCUCGAUGACCCUGACCUCAAAUUCUUCCAGGGGGAUCCUGACGAUGCUCUGGAUGAGCCAGAAAUGCUGACAGAUGAGCGCUUAUCUCUCUUUGACGCUAAUGAGGAUGGGUUUGAAAGCUAUGAGGACUUGCCGCAGCAUAAAGUCACCUCUUUUAGUGUCUACGACAAACGAGGUCACUUGUGCCCGUUUGACACUGGCCUGAUAGAGAGGAAUAUAGAGCUGUAUUUCAGUGGUGCUGUGAAACCGAUAUACGACGACAACCCGUGUCUGGACGGUGGUGUGAGAGCCAAGAAGUUGGGACCCAUAAAUGCCUGGUGGAUCACGGGUUUUGAUGGAGGGGAGAAGGCCUUGAUCGGCUUCACCACAGCCUUUGCGGAUUACAUCCUGAUGGAGCCCAGCGAGGAGUACGCACCCAUCUUUGCACUCAUGCAAGAGAAGAUCUACAUGAGCAAAAUCGUUGUCGAGUUCCUGCAGAACAACCGUGACGUCAGCUACGAGGAUCUGCUGAACAAGAUCGAGACCACAGUGCCUCCCGCAGGGCUGAACUUCAACCGCUUCACGGAGGACUCGCUCCUGCGGCAUGCCCAGUUCGUGGUGGAGCAGGUAGAAAGCUAUGACGAAGCUGGGGAUAGCGACGAGCCACCCGUCCUCAUCACGCCCUGCAUGAGAGACUUGAUCAAGCUGGCUGGAGUCACCCUGGGGAAGAGGCGAGCUGCAAGGCGGCAGGCCAUCCGGCAUCCCACCAAAAUAGACAAGGACCGAGGCCCCACCAAGGCCACUACCACCAAGCUGGUGUACCUCAUCUUCGACACCUUCUUCUCCGAGCAGAUCGAGAAGGAUGAGAAGGAGGACGAUAAGGAGAAUGCUAUGAAGCGCCGGCGCUGUGGCGUCUGCGAGGUCUGUCAGCAGCCUGAGUGCGGGAAGUGCAAGGCCUGCCAGAACAUGGUGAAGUUUGGGGGGAGCGGACGGAGUAAACAGGCCUGUUUGCAGAGGAGGUGCCCCAACCUGGCUGUCCGAGAAGCUGAUGAGGAUGAAGAAGUGGAUGACAACAUCCCUGAGAUGCCGUCGCCCAAGAAGAUGCUGCAGGGCAGGAAGAAGAAGCAGAACAAGAGCCGCAUUUCCUGGGUGGGGGAGCCCAUCAAGAGCGACGGGAAGAAGGACUAUUACCAGAAGGUGUGCAUCGACUUGGAGACUCUGGAGGUGGGGGACUGCGUCUCCGUCAGCCCCGACGAUCCCACCAAGCCCCUCUACCUUGCCAGGGUGACUGCCAUGUGGGAGGACAGCAGUGGCCAGAUGUUCCACGCCCACUGGUUCUGCCCUGGCUCAGACACCGUCCUGGGAGCCACCUCUGACCCCCUGGAGCUCUUUCUAGUGGAUGAGUGCGAGGACAUGCAGCUGUCCUACAUCCACGGCAAAGUCAAAGUUAUCUACAAGGCGCCUUCAGAGAACUGGUCCAUGGAGGGCGGGCUGGAUAUGGAAAUCAAGAUGGUGGAAGACGACGGGAGAACCUACUUUUACCAGAUGUGGUACGACCAGGAGUAUGCUCGGUUCGAGUCUCCUCCAAAAACUCAGCCCACAGAAGACAACAAAUAUAAGUUCUGCAUGAGCUGCACGCGUCUAGAUGAGGUGAGGCAAAAGGAGAUACCCAAAGUGGCUGAGCCCCUGGAAGAGGGGGAUGGGAAGAUGUUCUACGCAAUGGCAACCAAGAAUGGAGUGCAGUACAGGGUAGGAGACGGUGUCUACCUCCUGCCGGAAGCCUUUUCCUUCAGUAUGAAGCCUGCCAGCCCAGCCAAGCGCCCCAAGAAGGAGGCAGUGGAUGAGGAGCUGCACCCGGAGCACUACCGCAAGUACUCGGAGUACAUCAAGGGCAGCAACCUGGAUGCCCCUGACCCCUACCGCGUGGGCCGCAUCAAAGAGAUCUUCUGCAACAUCCGCAGCAACGGCAAGCCCAACGAGGCCGACAUCAAGCUACGCAUCUACAAGUUCUACAGGCCUGAGAACACGCACAAGUCCAUGAAAGCCAGUUACCACGCUGAUAUCAACCUCCUGUACUGGAGCGAUGAGGAGACAACAGUUGACUUCCGGGCCGUGCAGGGCCGCUGCACCGUGGUGUACGGAGAGGACCUAACGGAAAGCAUCCAGGACUAUUCUGCCAGCGGGCUCGACCGCUUCUACUUCUUGGAGGCUUACAACGCAAAGACCAAGAGCUUUGAAGAUCCUCCAAACCACGCGCGGAGCUCUGGGAAUAAAGGGAAGGGGAAAGGGAAAGGGAAAGGCAAGGGCAAAGGGAAAUCGUCUGUGACCUGUGAGCAGAGCGAGCAGGAGCCAGCUGACCUGAAGCUGCCCAAGCUGCGUACCUUAGACGUGUUCUCUGGCUGCGGAGGGCUGUCUGAGGGCUUCCACCAGGCAGGUGUGUCGGAAACGCUCUGGGCCAUCGAGAUGUGGGAGCCAGCCGCCCAGGCCUUCCGGCUGAACAAUCCCGGCACCACCGUGUUCGUGCUGCUAAAGUGGGUCAUGUCUGGUGAGAAGACCAACUCGCUGGGGCAGAAGCUGCCGCAGAAGGGGGAUGUGGAGAUGCUGUGUGGUGGUCCCCCGUGCCAGGGCUUCAGCGGCAUGAACCGCUUCAACUCCCGCACCUACUCCAAGUUCAAGAACUCCCUGGUGGUCUCCUUUCUCAGCUACUGUGACUACUACAGGCCGCGGUUCUUUUUGCUGGAGAACGUGAGGAACUUUGUGUCCUUCAAGCGCUCCAUGGUUCUGAAGCUCACCUUGCGGUGCCUCGUCCGCAUGGGUUAUCAGUGCACCUUCGGGGUCCUGCAGGCUGGUCAGUACGGCGUGGCCCAGACGACGUACUCCGGCCCCUUCCGAACCAUCACGGUGCGGGACACCAUGUCCGACCUGCCGGAGGUCAGGAACGGAGCCUCCGCCCUGGAGAUCUCCUACAACGGGGAGCCGCAGUCCUGGUUCCAGAGGCAGAUCCGGGGCUCUCAGUAUCAGCCCAUCCUCAGGGACCACAUCUGCAAGCGCAGCUGGGUGCGGGCUGUUCCCGAGGGCCGGGCUGGUCCCGGCGGGCCGCGCUAA